UUUGUUUUUGCUUAAACUCUCUCCCUCCUUUCUAUCCUAUAACACUUCCAAUUCUUCUCAUUCUUCUAACUAUUCAUUCCUCUUCCACAAUCCAGAGAUAGAGCUUCUUGCUUCCAACAACAUUCACCACUUCAAAAAGGAUUCAUUUGAGAGAUUUAUUAUUGUGAUGGAGAGGCUGAACUCAAAGCUGUAUUUGCAAAACUGUUACAUAAUGAAGGAGAAUGAGAGGCUUAGGAAAAAAGCACAACUUCUCAAUCAAGAAAAUCAAGCACUUUUAACUGAGCUGAAGCAAAAGCUUUCAAAGGGUAAUAAGGGAAAUAAUAAUAAUAAUAAUAAUAAUAAUAAUAUUAAUGGUCCAAAUACCCUUCUUGAUCUUAGCCUCAGUUCAAGUUCAACUCAAAAUGCUUCCAAUUCCACCAAUUAGAAAAUACUAAAAAAAAAAUAGUGGCUUAAUUAAUCUAAUAUUAGUGUAUGGUAUAUGAAUGAGAAUUGAAGAAGCAUGUUGACCCCACUAGUGACUAUUAUUAUUUUUAUUUUUAUUUUUAUUAAUUUUAAUUUUAUUUUUCUUUUUUUGUGUAAAACCAAUGUGGGAAGUAGUAGUAUUAGUUGUAGUAGUAGUAGAAGUAGUGUCUGUUCCAUAGGACAAAAUUAGCAUAAUGUUCUAGCAGGGUACUAUUACUUCCAUUUCCAUGUUUAAUCAUGUCUUCUUUUUUUGGGAGGGUUUUAGAUAUAUGAAUUUCUGAACUACCAAGGUAUAUGUAUGAUGUAUCAGACCCUAUAUAAUUAAAAAAAAAAGGAAUAUAAAGUUAGUACCAUAUGUUUACCCCCUCAUUCCUUAUGUCUCUCUGU